CUCCGCCCCCUGAACAACUGCUCCACUCGCUCCCGGGAUUCUCGGCGCGGCGUCGUCGCCAUCUUAUGUGUUUCUCAAAGCCUGAGCGGAGAGCUGGUGCGUGUGGCGGGGCUGGAGCUGCUGCAGCCGGCUGGAGGAUGCCUGGCGGAUAAAUGUGGGCCAAACCUAACAUCCCUCUGCUGUUGUUGCUGAUCGCGGUGGCGGCGAAGCCAGAGCGGCCAGGACCGCGGCUCGGUCUGGCAAGACUUCUGUCAGAGCUGCGCUGUACCACUGGAGAAUUUGCUUGCAAGACUGGAACUAUUCAGUGUAUUCCUCAGAGCUGGUACUGCGAUGGAUGGCAGACCUGUGAAGAUGGCAGUGAUGAACUCGAUUGUCCAGGAGUGAUUGGUGAUCACCGCGGGCACCACACAAAGGAAACUACUGACCUGAAACAGGUGCGUGGCAGAACUGCCGAGGACACUCGCUUCUACCCGAUCAAUGUGGCCCAGCCCUUCCAGUUCACCCGUAAGUGUCCAACAGGCUGGCAUCACUAUGAGGGGACAGCGAGCUGUUACCGAGUGUAUUUGAAUAGUGAGGACUACUGGAAUGCUGUCCAAACAUGUCAACGAGUGAAUGGAUCGUUGGCUACAUUCACUACUGAUCAAGAGCUGCGCUUCAUACUAGCUGAAGAAUGGGACCUAGAGGAACGGCCAUUGAGUCGCAAGGACCAACGCAGGUUCUGGGUUGGCUAUCAGUACACGAUAACAAACAGAAGCCACACCUCGCUAGAGGGACAGUGGGAAGUAGCUUAUAAGAGCAGUUCCACAGAGGUGUUCCUUCCACCAGAACAGGUGCCAACGUUUGGAAUGACCAUCUCGGAGCAAGAAAAUGUGCUGUGUGCUCAGCUGCAAUGCUCCCACUUCCCCAGCCUGCGGCACCACGGAUUACACAGCUGGUAUGCUGAGAACUGCAAUGAGAAGUCGGCGUUUCUCUGCAAAAGAAGUCAAACCUGUGUGGAUAUAAAAGAUAACGUGGUAGACGAGGGCAAGUACUUUACUCCAAAGGGCAAUGAUCCAUGCUUGAGCUGCACCUGCCACAACGGCGAGCCAGAAAUGUGUGUAGCAGCUUUGUGUGAGCGGCCACAAGGGUGUCAACACUUUGAAAAGGAUCCAAAGGAAUGCUGCAAAUUCACAUGUCUUGACCCAGAUGGCAGCGGCAUUUUUGAUUCUAUGGCGAGUGGAAUGCGUCUGAUCGUAAGCUGCAUUUCCUCCUUCCUCAUUCUGUCACUGCUCCUCUUCAUGGUCCACCGGUUACGGCAACGACGGAGAGAACGAAUCGAGUCUCUUAUUGGGGGGAACUUGCAUCAUUUUAACCUCGCCCGAAGCAGAAUGCCAGGCUUUGAUUAUGGUCCAGAUAGCCUUGGAUCAGGCCUAACUCCUCUGCAUCUCUCUGACGAUGGUGAGGGAGGAGCAUUCCACUUCCACGAUCCCCCACCUCCAUACACGGCUUAUAAAUACCCAGACAUUCAGCAUCCUGAUGAUCCACCCCCUCCGUAUGAGGCAUUCAUCAAUUCAAACAGCAUGCUUUGUGUAAGCCCAGAUGGUGGUCCUGGGCAGGUGGUGGAACAGAGCAGCCAGCGCGCUGUAGCCGAGACCGUCAUUGGAGAGCCGACUGAUGUGAGCAGCUUCACUCUGGAGGUCGCCACAGAGGAACUGGAAGUCUCGGCUGGCAGCAGUACCUUACUGGUGCCACACCCCAUCCACCCAGAGAGUGCGCUGAAUCGCAGCAGUCACUCUUCAGUAAAUACAGUGGUAUAAAUUGGAAGGGAGGGCGAUUAAUCAUUGUUUUAUUGAAUUUGGGCAAAUGUUUGCACAGUGCUAUAUUGACAAUACCAGUCAGAUGACUUAACAAGACUUUGGUUCUGGUCUCCAGCAGAUUACCCUGUUUUGAUGAAUGAGUUGAUCAUUUGUGUAUAUAUUGAUGAUGGAAUGCAGCACGUUUCCCAGUUCGCGGGUAUCGUAGGACAUUAGAACCCUAAACGGCAGCUGUUUUUUUUUUGUGUUAUUUUUAAAUAGACUUUGCAUACAAAUACAGGGCUUAGAAUCAAGAGGCUGGAAGAGACGUGAGGGAUAGGUGGUUCUGUGUGCAUCGCCAACCUGUGGGAUAAGCAAGGCUCUCGGACUGGGAGUGGACCAGGCCCAGUCCUUGGCAAGUGCCGAGCGACGUCUCCACACAAACAGAAGUAUAACUGAUGAAGCCGGCUGGUACUGUUGCUCGGAGCAGCCUAUGUAAUACGAGGGUGAAAGGUAGGUGGGUGUACGCGUCACUGGGAGGGGGAGCAGAGUCACAGGCCAUUUGGGGAGGGCAGGUGGUGUCAUUCUGGGGCUAGGGUAGAGUCCUGGGAGGGGUUGUAACGCAGUCCUAUGUGCACUUUGGUGGAGGGUGGUAUACAGGGAGGUGGGUGGGGGUGAGCGAAGCCCUAGGAUGGGGUACAGGGUCUGCAGCGCUUCAUGAAGGGGUUGAUGGUUUACAAGUUCUGUCGCAGAGGGAAGGGUUACGACUUCGGUCAGUGGGGUGGCUGCACGUCCUUUCACUCCAGGAGGGUGAGGAGAGGUCUCCACUCCCAUUGACGCUUGCGGUGAGUGAUCAAUUCUGUGACGCAUGGCAGGGGCGUUACAGCCUCCUGUGUAGGUGGAUUGGGUUAAGGGCCUGAAUCAGAGGGAGUGCACCACAGUGGGAGGUCUGGCUCAGUUGUAUUUUUUAGCAGUACUGUAUCAGUACUAAUGUUUAAUAAGCUGAGAAUGGAGGGCUGCUGACUGGCCCAGAGUGGCAGGAGGUCCUAUGUAUUACACAGUGCACUCGCAAGCACUUCUCUAUUCUCUGCUCCCUGCCCCUGCUCCCUCCCCUGGAGCUUUUCACUGCUGAUGAUAUUGAUCAUUGCUAUGGUGCAGUUAAUAAUGAAAUGUCAACAAUGUUGACGUGGUCUAAUGAUCACCUACAUUGAUGUGAUUGAUAUGAAUCAAUGCUGUUAGUGCUGUAUAUUGAUGUGGUGGCUGAUAAUCAUGUUGAUGUGAUCUGAUGAUACCUAUCAAUGAUUUUAAUGUUGGUUGAUGUGAUUGCUGGGCUUUCUGUUGAUCUGGUUGCGGUAGCCAAUUUGUUGGAAUAAAGUCCAUUCAAAUGGGGUUUUGGGAAUUCUGCACUGUCUUUGUAUCGGCUGGUCACGGUCCCUCCCUUCAUUCCUCAAUUGUCAAAUAAACACAGACGUGCACAUGCGCUCACAACCUAUUCGAACACCGCAGUUAACAGACAUUUGUAGUUUGUGAUUGGAACUUUCUGUGGCAGUGGAAAGAUUUUGAUACUCGGUGAAUAAUAAGUAGACUAAAUUUGAUACCAUUAUUAGGUCUGUGUGUUUGUUCAGAAUUUUCCAUUUUUCACUUGUUCUUUCACUGCAUCAUGUAAGGACUGAUUCAAUGUCUUGUACUCCUGUUAACAAAAUGAAAUGCCAAAUAAAUUCUGAAGUGGA